AUGGCCUCGCUGCUGGACUCCCUGGCGCACUGGGUCGAAGCAACCUCCGCCCUCCAAGAGCUGGAGGCUUAUGUCAGGCGCCAUGCUGCGGUUUUCGCAGAGCGCGACGAAUACGACCAUGCCUGCUUCGAGAUCUACAGAGGCUACGAGACCCUGGUGGAGAGACUUUUGACGGACUUCUUGGAGGAGGUGCGCCGUGAUGCCCACCUCUCCCCCUUGGGCGGCCAGUGGACGCCGGAGCGUUUGCUGAGCGUCCUCCGGGAGGAGCGCGCCGUGUGCCGGCGUGAUGCGGCUGGGCAACGUUUCCAGGUCCUCAUAGCCAUCACCACCUUCGAGGAGUUCGCCCUCGCCUCACAGCGCCUCCGCCGCCAGGCGGAGGUGGAGGCAGCAUCGCUUUUGACAGGCAUUGCGUUCCGAGUGGCGGGAGGUGCUGCCAGGGCCUCUCCAGAUGCUCGCCUCGAGACCCCGGGGCCCGUCACCCCUGCCGAGUUUUUGCCGCCACAGCGGUGA